UUCCGUUUGUAUAAAAACAUUUACAAUACGAUUAGUAUUUCUAUAUUUGAUUAUUUCCUGGCCACCUUCAAUCCAUGGCCUCUUCGGCUCAGAAGCAACAACAGCUACCAAACAUAUACGGGGCCGCCAUCGCAGCGCCGCCGCCAACACCUUCAACCCUACCCAAUAAUCAUCUUUCCACGUCAGCAGCCGCCGCCGAUGCUCUCUCGAGACUCCUCCACCGCCUCCCUCCUACUCUUUCUCUUCCUGCACGUCGAUCUCCUUCUGCCACGUCUCCACCUCUCGUCUCUCUGUCUGACCCGAGCCUUCUCGGUAGUUUUCUCUCUUCAUUUUCUCAAAUCGGUUAUUUCCAACUCACAAACCACGGCAUAUCGUCUGAACUAGCUCGCUUAGCUGAGUCCGAAUCACUCGCUCUCUUUGAGCUAGAAAAAGAUAAAAAAGAAGCAUAUUUUCCCAAAAACUGGCCUCUGGGGUUUGAAGCUGAUGAUGAAGAAGAUGAAAAAGAAAACGGUGAGUCGUUUUGUUUGGACUCAGCGUGUUCUACUGAGUCAAACGAGUUGAGCUUAACCUCUCUACGUGAGCUCACCGGGGCUAUGGAGAAAGUUGGCCUGAAGAUCAUCGAAAUGCUAUCAACUGCAGUGGGAUUUGAGCACCCGUUAGGAAAGGAUCCGGCCCGAUUUUGUUCUUUGAUGUGGAUAUCUCAGGGUUUGCCCGGCGAUAAACCAGUUUUAUCAAGUGGGUUUUACCCGUAUGUUGUUGGGUUACAGUACCAAAUCCGCCAUCAAAAGUAUUCAUUGUUGGCAGAUUCGGGUCUGGUCACUGUUUUGCCACAAGUAGACUCAAUUUUAGUCACUCUUGGCGACAUUACUCAGGUAUGGAGCAAUGGGAAGUUGAAGAAAGUUAGGGGAAGACCAGUGGCAUGUUUGGGAGAUGGAGAUAACAAUUCAUGCUGCGUUUCAAUGACUCUGCUUGUGACACUUCCGGCAGGCAGUAGGGUUUAUCCUCUCAUUCCCAAGACAGCUUUAACUGGUGAAAAUGAAAUCAUAGAAGACGAAGAAGAUGAAGAAGACAAGGUAAUGUUUGAGUCGUUUGAUUUUGAGGAUUAUGCAUGGCGGGUGUAUCAUGAACGUCACCAUCUCAAAGACCCACUUGACAGAUACCGCAUUUAGAUCUUUAAAUUGUGUUUUUUCUCUACUGGUUUUGCUUUGUGGUGGAGAAAUGAUGUUUUAAUGGAGUAAUUUGUUUGAAUUUA